AUGGUGCGCAUCGAAGACUUUGAGGGUAUGCAAUACUCUAGGGAGGGAGACGAGUCUGAGACGCAGCAAUACGCUUUCUUCAACCAGCAAUAUGCAACCUCGACGUAUCAGAAAGAACACGACAUGAAUCCCGACCUUAUUGUGCGACCUCAGAAUGACCAAGAUGUCAUCAGAGCUGUCAACUGGGCCAGAGAAAACAAGGUCGCCAUUGCCGUUAAGAGCGGAGGUCACCAGUACAGCGGCGCCUCAUCCACAAGCGGCAAGAAUAUUCAGAUUGACUUGGGCAACACCUACAAGGACCUGAUGAUCUUGAAGCCCAAGGAUCCCAUUGCGGAGGACCGCACACUUGUUUACAUUGGCGUCAGCAUCACGAUGAUGGACCUCAACAAGUACCUCAAGCAGACAAAGCUCUUCGUCCCUACCGGUCAAUGUGCCUACGUCGGCGUGGGAGGUCACGGCCAGACUGGGGGCUACGGGCAGCUGGGCCGAAGUUUCGGCCUCUUUGGUGAUAACAUCAGAACCAUCCGUAUGGUGUGUCACGACGGCGUUAUCCGCGACAUCACCAAAGAGAACAAUUCGGAGUUGUUCUACGCCAUUCUCGGAGGUAGCCCGGGCAACUUCGGUAUCAUCACCCACUACAUCGUCGAGGUGUACAAGUCCAGUAGCUACGUUGGAACUGUUGCUGGACCCAACGGCUUCAAAGGACCUCACGGCAUCAAGGCGCUCUGGCUCUACUCCAAGGAAGUGCUCACCACGCUGCUCAAUGCCAUUGCCGAGAUGGCUGACGACCCUAACUUCCCUCGUGACUUUGACCUCUGUGUCAGUGUCAUCAGUACGGACUUUCCCAUGUCAACUCUGUUCAAGGAGCUCAAGGAUGCCAACGUCUGGCAGCGCAUCCAGGACCGAAUCAAGAAUGCGCUCGAAGACGACUUCUUGAAGCUGCUGAACGGAAGAUUCCCGGCAUCUAUCAUCCUGUACGCGCAGUGGUGUCCGACUAGCAAGGAUGACAAGUACGACGCCAAGGUCGAUGCCUGGUUUGGCAAGUUCCGCAAGCUCAAGAGCCUGCUGGAAGACUUCUCGCUUCAGUUUGGAGAGUUCGACAUGGACAUGUCGGAUAUGACUGGGCAGUGGAUCUUCCCCAGGGCGCGCGAGUUUGAUCUUCCCUACGUCAAGCGCACCUACUCGACCAACUCAACCAGCCUUACCAAGGACAAAUGGGUUGACGCCGUCGUUGAUCGCAUCGAUCUCAUUUACAACCCUAAACAGUACCUUAACGGGCAUGAGGGAGAGAAAGACUACGAGCGCUUCAUGAGAUGUAAGCUGUCGGUGCAGAUCCAGUGUUUCGGAGGACAGAAGUCGCGUUUCUUCGUCAACAGAGACAAUGGCACAUCCUACAGCUGGAGAGACUCCUCUGUUGUGCAGACACUGGACUGCUUCCACGACCCCGAUGAAGAGUCCAAGAAGCUGGCUCAGUCAUGGCAAGAAAAGAAUGACCAGGUCAUGAACGGACCCAACAGCCCGUUCAGCAAGAAGGACAGGCGUCUCCUUUGGGGAUCCUAUGGCGACUGGAACUUGGGUGACGAGAAGGUCUGGAAGUGCUACUACGAAGAUGAGGAGAAGUACAAGCGACUUGGGAGAGCGAGAGCCUCCGCUGAUCCCGAUGGAACGUUCACAGCGAACCCCUUCGCGAUCACUGCGGUAGAGAACGCAAAGUUGUGA